AUGACUGCACCCUUUGGAGGCCCCGGCGGAAGGGGAUCUUCAUCCGCGAGCUCUUCGUCGAGCAACAGCAUACAACCGUACCAGACCCAAAAUCUUCCGUCGCACCACCACUCGGCCGACUACUAUCGGGAGAAGACAAGUGAGAGCCUGCAAAGAACUUUGACGACCUUGAAGCAAACAGACGAGAUUGCGACAAAGUCGUGCCUGACUUUGGAUUCCCAAACCGAGCAGAUCCAGCGGACUCAGGCGUAUGCGGACGCAACGGAAAGCAAUCUGGACAUGGGCGAACAGAUCUUGAAAGGUAAGAAUAUGGGUGCGGAUGUUCAAUUGAAAUGCUUCUUGGUAUACUUCUUAGUUCUGCGAAAGAGGAGAAGCAAAUGAGCUCUGUAGAAUUUCUGCUGAAAGAAUUCGUUCUGUGUCAGUCAAAAUAAGUAAAACGAAUAGGCUAAUAAAAGUGGUCUGUUUCACCACACGUCCUCGACCAAUGCAACCGCUUGCAGGUAUGACCUCCUUUUUCGGUCGCGUGAAAGGCGCCUUCUCUUCCGCAUACGAACAAACAAGCACGACAUUCGGACUCGAGGAAGAUGGAGGGGAACAAACUACAUCAAGUAGCGCACAAAAUGCGGCGGGUCGUGCAGCAGCACCAGACUCGAGCGGAAAAAACGCACAACUACAUGGAGGACAGCCACCCCAACCUCCGCCACCUCAACAACAUCAAAGUGCGCUAAUUUACAAUCAGCAACCGCAGCACUCUAAUAGCUCUAGCAAAAACUACACGAAUUAUGCGAAUCCGCCAGGAGGUGCACCAUUGAGCAGAGAGGACCAGGACAUGGCGCUGAUGGAGCAGCUUGUGGGCGGGUUGAAAGAAAAAUCCCUUGCGAUGAAUCAAACCCUCGGGAUGCAAAACGACAUGCUCGACAAACUGAAUGAAACGACGGACCGCAACGUAGCAAAGGUCGAAAGGAAUCAGACACUGCUGAAAAAACAGGCACUGAAAUAAUGACAUCGGAUUUGGUUCAUGAUGAGGUGCAGGUGGACGUCUUGCUGCUAUCAGAUAAAUGAAUUUUCUAGAAAAAAACUUUGCGCAAUAGUUGAAAGAGCGACUACGACAGGACAUACUAGUGAGUACGAACACACCUCUACAUUCGCUUCGUCCACUGUCGAC